AUGCAGCGUAGGGCCUCACCGGCGGCAGGCGGCGCGCCAGCGCUCCAGCGGAGCGCGAGCGCGAGGCAGGCGCCCUCCCCGUCGCCGCUCAGCGUCUCCUCCUCCUCCUCCCAGUACCAGUCGGCGCGCGCCUCGACAUCCACGGCCAACGCGCCGGCGUUCGCGCACCACAAGGCGCCGUCCAUCAACUGCAUGGCGGCCACGUCCACCGACACGCCGCCGGCCACCCCCAGGGGCACCAAGAAGCAGCAGCCCAAGUCGGCGUCGUACUCGUCGAUGUUCUCCCCGAGGAAGCUCAUGCAGCGGGCCUCCCGCGCCUUCCGCGGCGGCAGGUCGUCCCGGCGCAAGAAGAGCCUAGCGGCGGCGGCGGACGUCGGCGAAGUGGACAGCCCCGGGUCGGCCGCCAGCAAGGGGUCCGACGCUGAAAGCAGCGCCUUUUCCAUGGACGAUCAGAUCAUCGACGACGUCGUCGACGCCGGAGCCGCCUCCAAGCAGGAGGAGAUCGUGCCGGAGAAGAUCAUACACGAGGCGAACCCGCCGUCGACAGUCAUCCAUCUGCUGGCGCCCGUGGCGGAGGAACAGGACGAGGUGCACAAUAACUCGCCGAAGAAGGAGGAUGACGCCGUCGCUGAGAAGGAGAAGGAGGACGCCGCUGCCGCUGAGAAGGACAAGGAGGACGUCGCUGCUGAGAAGGAGAAGGAGAAGGAGGACGCCGCCGCUGAGAUGGAGAAGGAGAAGGAUAAGCCCGAGAAGGAGGCUCCUCCUGCUCCGGAGGACACCGUCGCCGAAGUGGACAAGAUCGCGGUGGCCAAGAAGCUGCAGCGCGAGGAUGACAUCAAGGCGGAGGUGGUGAGGAGGUUCCAGGGCUGCCGGGUGAGGACGUCGACGGGGAAGCGGUCGUUCGAUGCCGAGACGCCGCGGCGGCGGGAGUCGGCACGCAGUAACGAGGCGGUCGAGGAGGCGCGGAUCAAGCUGCUGGAGCUGCGGCAGGUGAACAAGGUGAAGGCGCUCGUCGGCGCCUUCGAGACCGUCAUGGACGACAACCAAAGCCCCACCGCCGCCCGCAAGCCGCGGCUCAACCUCGGCGCCUGAACUACGAGUACAUUCGAUGAGCAUGAAGCUCGAUCGCGUGCGCCUCCUCCUUUAUCCCCGCUACUCUUUAAUCACCCAUCAACCCGAUUUGUCGUCGUCGCACACUUAUCUAUAAUUACGGUAUCGCUUAUAUUCUGCAAGGAGGAAGAUGAUGGAGGGGUUAUCAUCAUGAUGUAAUAAUAAUAAUGAUC